UAUUCCUUAGUAAUCAGUCCUUUUUUUCAACAACUGCAGCAAUACACAGCAUAACUAUGAAGUGAUAAAAUGAUUGAGUUCAAACAAGUCAGCAAAGGGUUGUCUGAUCUGAACAUCUGCAAGGCCUUUGAUGUGGUCUCAUUUCACAACCUUAUCUCUACACUGGAUUCAAAGGGUGAACUAUUUGGUGGAUAAGGAAUUGAUUCAAAAGUCACAGCCUGUGGGUUGUGGUCAACAGGUGGAGGCUGGUGAGGAGUAGCGACUUCCAGUAGUAUCUCUUGGGAGUAGUGCUCUUUAACAACUUUAUUAAUAGACAUAGACGAUGGGAUCAAGUGCACCCUCAGCAAGUUUGCAGACAACAUCAAGUUAAGUGGUACAGGUGAUAUAACAGAAGAAAGGGAUGCCACCUGGAAGGAUUUGAACAGGCUUGAAAAUUUUUCCCACAAGAAAGUAAUGAUGUUCAGCAAGAUCAAGUGCGAAGUGUUGCACUUGGUCUGUUGCUGUCCCAGACGCACAUACAGACUGGGAGAACUCCUUGAGAGCAACCCUACUGAGAAGGACUUAGGGGUCCUGGUCGAUGGAAAAGAUAACCUGAGCCAGCAAUUCGUACUUAAGGCCUGGAAGGCCAACAGUAUCCUGGGCUGCAUCAAAGGAGAGAUGGCCAGCAGUGCAAGGAAGGCAUCACAGGAGGAUGCAGAAGUGAAUAAGCUUGAAACGUCACUGAGGGAGAUGACAACAUGUAGGGACGACCUCAAAGAAGCAAGCGAAUCCUUAAGAAAACAGUGGAAACAUCAGUUUAUAAUGGCAGAGAUGUAUAAGGAUACCUGUGAAGUGGCACAACAGAUGACACCUUUCAUGCAGGAAGAAGUGAGGGCAGCAUCAAAAGGGAAUAAGCUACCACUGAACUCUGAAGUUUAUGGGCUCCUGACUGUCCUUAUGGAUUGGAUCUUAGAUGAGCUCCUUAGCAAACUCAAGAAACAAGAAGAGAGGAAGGCCAGAAACCUCAGUGUAGCGGAAGAACCUACAUCCAGGAAAGUGUUUGAAGCUUCUGCCUGUGGCUGCAGAGCAGCUCCAGUGCAUGUCGUUUGUGAAUCCUAAACUACACAUGCCCCUGAUGAGACUGAUACACUGGUUUGUAAGGCAGCUGGACUAUGAUACUAAGGACCCAACAAUGGCAGAAAUGAUUAUGAGACUUGCUGAAGAUAUUUUCACAGGCAUAAGGAAUAAUGGAGAUGUGCACAGUUCUUCCAGCCGCUGUGCAGAGAGUGAAUCAAAAUCAGCACUCUUCUUCACAAGUCCCUUUAUGCCUAUGAGGUUUCUGUCAACUAUGGUUGUGCUUACAAUAGAGACACCAGGUGAUCAGUACUAUUCCAAGAUACUGAGAAAGAUUUCACAUCAGGAGAUUAAGAAGAUUUGAUUGUUUCCCUUGACCUAGUAUCUUUGCAUCGUUUAGUGCACUGCAGAACGAAUGGACGGCUGCAUGAAAUACAUGCUGCAAAAGUUAAACUACAGCUUUGGAUGGAAAGGAAUGGCAGUAGCUGCUGUCCUGAAAGUCAUGGCUCUUAUUCAGAUGAAUGACCCUUUACUCCCUCAACAGAGGCUUCCCAGAUGUUGAAGCCUACAUGGUCUGAAACUAUCCAGUUUCCAACUUCUUUUCACUCUUAAGGAAGAUACUGGAAAGGUUUUGUGUUUUCUUUGGUGUGCAAGUUGUAGCUGGCCUUUUUGUCCACUCCCAACUGUUUUUUAAGGAAGAAGAUGAGGCAGAGGAUGUCUUUAAGUAAACUACCUGGAGCAGGCAUUCUGCUGUGAUACUGAGAUCGGUUUUAUAGCAGACCCCCACUUGCCUCAGAUCAGGUCCGUGUCCAUACCAACAGAGGUACCUCAGAACUGGCUGCUGCUCACACAUAUUUCUAAAAAGCAAAAGCUUUCACAAACGAUACAGAAACCUACUCAGCUCAAGGAGACUCUGCAGAACCACCUCUAUGAGAGACCUCUGUGGGCUCAUCUGCUGAACCCAUCAGGAAACACCUCAGCCAGCUGCAAAUGGCAUUCCCCAGGCCCGCUGAGCUGUGCCAAAGGCUGCACAGUCUUUACCAAUUCUGAUUUCAGAUUUACCUUAAACUUGGAUUCUGCUUUUUGGGACAUGUCUGGUUUUGUGUUCCUUCAGCUCAGAGGGGUUACCCUGACAUCUGCAAGACCCAUUGUUUUGGGAUUUGCUGCCGUUCCCAGGGAGUCAUGCAGCAUCGCAGCAGCAAAGCUCCAGUCCCUUCCCUAGUCUCAGUGGGACCAGUCCCUGUGCUGACAGAACUAACUCCACUGUGGUGCAGAAAGUGCCACACCUUUAUUCCUUACAACAUGCACCAGGUGACAUGACAAGCAAGCGACAAGCAAGCGCACCCUCUCAGAGUUCAGGAUCUACAUUUGAACAGUUCUGACAUGCAUAUGCAGUUCGUUGGCAUACAAAUCCAUUCUUUUUCAAGGACUCAGAUAUGUGCUAAUGUGCCUUUGGAUGCCCGGUGUUACCUAGGGUGGUCGACUGCCCACCUAUUAUUUCCCGUUUCCCACUAUCAGCUUUACUAUGGAACUUCUGACCCACUGCCAUCCACUUUCCCCAUUUGGAAGAUUCCCAUUGAUUUUUAGGACACAGUGAGCCACUUUUCAACAACAGUGCAUGUGGAGCCCGAGUGAAAUGUCCUUGCACCGAUUGAGGCAAAAGAUAUAUUAUUCUAUUAUGUCCCCAGCACAAAAUUAUUGAGGAAAACAAGAUAUUAGCCCACUCAAGCUGAAAUGUAAAGGUUUCAGAACUAUCACUUGUGGAUUCCUUUUGCUAAACUAGUAUACAGGUUCUUAAACUAAUGUACUAAUCCUAUUGGUAAACAAACCAACUUAUAUCAGCAGAGAGUGGAACAAUUCAGAUAUUUGCUCUGUUAUCUCUUUUGUCUUAAGCUUCUUCUAUGGAGGUUGUGGCAUUAUGAGCAGUAAUACAUUACCCUCUGGUUAGAUCUAACAUGCCACGUGCACUCUGCUAAGUCUUGAGUAACAGCACAUCAAGCAGUAACUGCUGUUGCAAUGCCACUUUCAGUACUUGCGGCUCUUGUGAGUUUAACUCUUCAAAAGCAUGUCUUGUCUAAUUUGACAACAUGUGGACUUGCUAGGUAGUGUUUUCAAAGGCCUUUUGAUGUUUUGCCCAGACCAUAUCUAGAGCAAAUAUGUUCUCUCAUAUCAUAGAGAUUCUCUGUCCAGCGGUCAUCUCUGAACUGAACUAACACUCAAUUUGGGCAGAGUUUUUACAGAUUACUGUACCACACUGCAACUCUGCACAUUGCUCUAAGGUUAAAUACGAAUAGAAUUUUCCACUUGACCAUCUCCAAAGCAGUCCAAAUGGUUCAGAAUAAAAACUGAUUUGGCCAGUUCACAUAUUGAUACAGUCUACAGAAUUUUCAGAGAGCAGUGUGUAUAGGAUAGCCCACAAUAUAAACUACAAGAGGGGCAACCCCAGCACAUACACACCUCUUAUCAAAGCUUAGACGCUUUCCAUCAACCAUGUGUAGAAUGGAACUCAUGGACUGGUGUAACAAUUAAUGACUCCAUGAUACUACAUCAUGUUGCAAAGGGCUUGAUGAUGGGUUUCUUCUGUGACCACAUUUAAUGGAUAGUAGAUAGGUCCGUAAGUUCAUUUCCCAGUCUGUUAGGCAGUUGGAUAUACCAUGGAGUCACACGCAAAUCAUCAUCAGGUUGAUAAAGGGAGUGAACGAAGGGGUCAAAAGGAAUGGUACCACAGUACAGGGAGUGCUGGUGAGCCAGGAUGACCUGCAAAACUUGUUUGUGUUGACCCAAGUGUGAAGUUUAACAAAUCUGAGAACUGACAUCACCACCUACAACCACCCAAACAAAAUACUAUUAAGAAGCACAUUCUGGGAAGCAAUCAACGACAAAGCCAGCUGCCAAGGGUUAAUGCUUGGCAUGUGAAUUCCGAUGAAAUAAGAUGGGAGUCUGGGUUGGUUGGUUUUUUUGUUUGGUUGUUUGGUUGUUUUUUUCCUUUGUGUGUGAUUUCAUAAGUUUGUUUUUUAAAUAAUCCUCACUUUCUUUAAAAAAUAAUUUAAGAAUUACCUCAAGCUUCAACUUUUUCAGGCAUGGCACUAUUGAACUUCCGACUCCAGAUAAGCUUAUUUUAGCAUUUUUAUUUCACAACUCCAAGAACAGCACAAUUCUAGUCUAAGAAUUAUUCCUUUUGCACUACUGUUGGGAAAAAAAAAAAAAAAAAAAAAAAA